CUCUUGAAACCGCGUGGCCUCUAAGUUCAUAAUGCAAAAGCCACAUCUUCUUAGUUCUUCUUCCUAAUAAAAAUAGAAAUAAUUUUUUUUUUCCCUCUGCGAAGGAAAAUAGAAAUAAUCACUAAGUUUUAACAACCACCACCUCACGAAAUCAAAUCUCCCUCCUCUCUAGAAGUGUCUUCAACCGCAGCUUCUCCUCCAUAUUCUCUGUUCCUCGAUCAUUUCUUCUCUUUGUGCAUGGCAGUGAGGUUGUUGGCUCACGAGGUCGCUGACAUAUGCCUUGGAAAGCCUGCGCUAAGGCCAAUCUCCGUCUCGGCCUCACUCGCCGACGCCCUCUCUGCGCUCAAACGGCACGGUGACUGCUACAUCACCGUCUGGAGCUGCGGCGACCAUUCCUCCAAAUCCGGCUCCGGCGAUUGCCGAUGUGUCGCCAAGAUUUGCAUGGCUGACGUUAUCUUAUUCCUCUGUAGAGAAGAGAACUUCUCGCAACCUGCUGUCGCGCUUCAAUCUCCGAUUUCGGCUCUGAUUUCUCAACUUCCGGUCAUCGUUAGGCAUUUGGAGCCUUAUGCUAGCCUGAUCGAAGCCAUAGAUCUCCUCCUGGAAGGUGCGCAAAAUCUCGUAGUCCCGAUUCAAGCUAGAACCUCUGCAAAUUCCAGAAAUAAAGUUGUUCAGGAAGUUCCCCCCUACGACUGCCCGCUUCACAACAACCUGGAAUACUGCUGGCUCGCCCAAGAGGAUGUAAUCCGUUACCUCCUCGACUCUAUUGGGCUUUUCAGCCCCACCUCCAUCACUCCCAUUAAUUCCCUCGACGCCAUCGACACAGCCAACAUCCUUGCUGUGCACUAUGACGAUCCAGCACUUUCUGCCUUGCCCCUCCUUUCUCAAGCCAUCAUCCACCAAUCUUCCAUUGCAAUCGUUGACUCUGAUGCGAAGUUGAUCGGAGAAAUCUCACCGCUCGCACUAAAUUGUUGCGAUGAAACGGUAACAGCUGCCAUAGUGACACUCUCAGCAGGUGAGCUAAUGGCAUAUGUGGACUGUGGUGACCCGCCGGAGGAUCUGGUGCAGCUGGUCAAAGACAGAUUGGAGGAGAGAAACUUAGGGGCACUGUUGGAGUGGGUAGAAGAAGAAUCAGCAAUGUCAUCAUGUUCUUCAUUUUACUCAUCUUCAUCAUUUCACUCAUCUUCCUCAGACGAUGACUCUAGCCUGGGAAGGAGUGGGAAGGUGGCAGCGAAUUCAGCAAGGCAAGUGAGGAGCUCAGAGGCUCCGGUGUGCUAUCCCCGGAGUUCGUUGGUUGCAGUGAUGAUUCAGGCACUUUCGCAUCGGGUGCCAUAUAUAUGGGUGAUCAAAGAAGACGGAAGCUUGGUUGGCAUCAUCACGUAUGCAUCCAUGUUGAAGGUUUUUCGCGAUCAAUUGAAAUCAAUGUGUUAAAAACACGUUGGACGCCCAACAAGAGUUUGCCUAAUCUUGAACAAUAACAACAACAACGACAACGACACGUUUACAUGGAUCUGUGUUAUGAACUCAAUUAUGGUAUUUUGCUCACUGUAUUUGGAGCAUAAUGUAAAUUCGUUUCCAGCAGCAAAAUUUCUCUUUCUACAAGUCCGAUGUUUGUAAUUUGUAGCCAGCUUCCUAACGAAACAAACUUCGUAUCAUAAGAAUCUAUUUUUACAACUUAAAUUUGCA